GCCCUAUAAAUGGAUGGAAUUUAACGUUAAAUACCUGAUGUUAAGAGUUGGAACGAAUUUGUCAUUUUAUUUGCUUGAUUUAUAGGGAGUGUUUAGCUCAUCCAGCAGGGGGUGCUGUUUCUUAGUAUUCACCAGCUACCUCGUGGCACUCCUGUUUUUCCAAGCUGGAAAUUUCAACAGAAGAGUAAAAUAUGAACCACAAUGUAGGACAGUUUGAUAGACCAACACACGUAGUCAUCCCCCCUUUAUCCACCAGGACCCUUGCUCACCCCUCAUUCUUACCUCUGUAUAUGGCAACCGCCGUCGCAUGUCACCAUCGUGAAGCGUUUAACAGUCAAGAAGUGCAUCCCAUCAUUCCAGCAGAGUUUUUCUACUCUUACCCCAAUGUAGGCCACAGUGGAAGGAUCCCCAACAUCGUAAGCGAUUUGGCGCUCUUUGACUGUUUCCAGCUUAACACUCCUCAACCAAUUAUGUCUCCCUGGCCUGCCCAACCACUACAUCCAGACCCGUUCAGAUCCGGAUCACACGCCACCAGGGAACUAGGUAGCACCACAUGGAUAACAUACCCAGCCAUACCAGCAGUACAACCAAGCCGCGCAAUCCUGGAGCUGACUGAGGAGGAGGACCAGGCCAUUACAAACCUCCUCAAACUGCACCACGAGCCCUCACUUGAUCUCCAAACCGAGAAGAUGAAUGUCGUACCAUUUCUCGAUCACUUUGAACCAACAGACCCUAUUUUUGCUGAAGGAAUGGCCCAGCCCAAGUGUGGUGAUGUGCAGGAAAACAAUGGGCCAGAUACAGAUUAAAGCUCCAGACUUCAUCUUCACAGUUCAGCCUGAGAGUGGAUGAGACAUAAUUCACCUGCAACCCAUCCAUAUGAUCUGCAGCACUCACAUCAUGCAGAAACCCAAGUAUAGGUUGGUUCACAGAAAAGCCUCAACUUCAUCACCUUUAUUCAUCAGGAAAAUGGAGAACCAAGAUACGAGUAGCAUUCAGGUCUAGCCAUGAUACUCUCCUGUGAACUUCCAACAGGGUCUCCUGGGGCUUGUAGAUACCCCACGGUUUGUGCAAACUUGUUCUGUGCCUUGUUUUACACUAAUUGUUGUUAAACCUGAGAAUUAUUACCCACUUAAAAACAAAGUUUUGUGGAUGUAAGUGCUGUACUGUUCUUCCUAUGUUAGUCCGACCAAUAUAUUGUUUGGCCGCUAAUAUUGACAAAUACAAGUUUUUCACAAAUGUAUCGGUGUUAUUUCUGCUGUUAUGAAAACUUUGAUUCCACCAAAUAAGCAAAGCAGGAAAACACUGCUGAAAUUGGGGUUAUUGUGUGUUGUAGUUUAUCCAGUAGAGGGCACUCAAACAUCACUGUUUACAUUCAAAGCGAUCCUGGAGUCAUUCAUUUUCAGAGUGGUCACUAUAUCACCAGUUAUGGUAGAGCCAAAAUAGACGAGGAGUCUAUUUUAUCAGAAUACCGAGUGAUGUGGCACGUUGAC